UAAAAAUAACGCGGGACGUGUGAGGAAUGAAUCCGUUGAAAACAAAAUUAGACAGUCACCAGAGGGUAGAUAAUGUUUAAUUAGAUAAAACAUGUAAUGAAUGACACUGUCCUCAGUUCAGCUCCAUUUGUUGGACUCCACAGAAUCGCCGUAGUUUAACACGGUUAACUGUUUACCAUUCUCAAACGUUUGUAACUAACGUUGACGUUAGCUAACCAGCUGACUAGCUAAGCUCAUUUUCUAAAUGGAUCCAACGGAGGACUUGUCUGCUCGAGUCCUGCUGAAACAUAUUCUCAGCACCGACACACCCAGGACUCCCAUCACCCGCAGUGCCUCCAAUGCACCAAGCACCAGCGCGACCAGGCGCAGCAGUAGACUCAGCAAGAAAGAUGCUGGGCCCAAAACCCCACAGGACAUCCUGAGGCGCAGCCUGAAACAUAAACUACAUGAGAAUUUAACCAGGAAGUCCCUGCCCAAUACUAAAAGGAGAACUGCCUCAGUUGUGCUCAGAAAGAUAAACAUGCCUACCCCAGGCUCACUUCCGUUCGAUGAUGGAGACACACCGAGGCACAUACUCAUGAACAUCAUGCGGACAGAGCCUGUGAGGUCCCCUGUGGUUCACGAGGAAGCUGCAUCAGAAGAACCACAGCCAUCUUCAGCCAGCAUUACCAGCAAGCGUCCUAGCAUUGAGCUGUCAGGGUUGGACUUGCCUGAUAUAACGAUUGGCACCGCAGCUAGUACUGUAAAGGGACUGAGCAGAAAAAGACCACGUCGGAGCCUUAAUGUAACAGCUUUUGAAAAGCGUCUCAAAGAUGGAAAUGAUGUUGAAGAGGAAAAUGAAUCAACAAGUGACCUUACAUCACUUUCUUUGUCAAGUUCCACCUCUCUGAGUUUAAAAACACCCUUUGUGGAUGUUCAGACUGAGAGAAAUGGCCUGCAGAGAAGAAUUUCUAAACGUCGAAAAAUCACAGAGGAAGAAUUUGGAGCCGCUGUUGAUAAAAGGCAGAUGGGAGGAGUGAGCAGCUUUGUGCUGGCAGAGCGGGGCCUCAGUGAGACCGCCUACUCUGAGGGCUUCACUUUGGGCCUAAGUAAACUCAGUGAACCUGAUAUCACGACUGACAUUGUCCACUGUAACACAGCUCUCUACGCUCAUGCUGAUGCCAUGUCCAACUUUUCUAUUGUUGCAACUCAAGACAAACCCACAGUGAUGGCAUCUCAGCUUCAGAGACAGAUCAGAGAGAUGGAGCAGGAGGAGCAGAUGGGAGCGGAGCCAGGGAAAGGGAAAUCAAUGUAUUUAUUUCCGACUGAAGAAGAGGCAGAACCUCAGAAUGAAGAAGGUUUUUAUCAGUUGGAGGAAGAUGUGAACGCAGCUGAUGUUCAACCUGAAGAUGCUGCGGCCAUGUCAAAAUCUGAGGAAGAUAAAGGUACAGAUGAAUCUCAGACUAGUGUAAGGGAUGAUACAGCCAAGUCUGAGGAAGAGGAGAACCAAGUGGAAGCUCAAACUGAAGAGGAUGCUGCAGCCAGCUCUCAGUCUGAGGAAGAGGAGAUUGCUGCAGAUUCUCAAACCGAAGAAGAAGAAGAAGGUGGAGUUGAUUCCCAGCCUGAAGAGGAUGUUGCAGGCAAGUCUACGUCUGAGGAAGAGGAGGUUGCACCAGACUCUCAAACCGAAGAAGAAGCAGCUGCUGUUGAUUCUCAGUCUAAGGAGGAUGUUGCAGCCAAGUCUUUGUCUGAGGAAGAGGACGUUGAAGAAUAUCAAAGUGAUCAAGAGGAUGAAGCCAAUUCUCAAUCUGAAGAAGAGCAUGACGGGGAGCCAGUGGAGGAAGAUACUGAGCAGAAAUCAGAACAGCUGCAACGUGACCUGGAACACAUCACUCGAAGGACUCAUUGCUCUGAGGGGGGGCUCAUUGUGCCGGUUACAGACGCAGGGUGGUCUGAUGGCAGGUCCAAAGCACACAGUGCUGUUGGUUUACACAGCAGCCUGGCAAUGGGAAGCUAUGAGAGCGGCCUGCCUCCUGUUGGGGUCCCUGACUCGGCUGAGUCCCCAACCCAAAUACAGACAGAUGCGUCUUACACAGAGGCCAAGCCUGAUGCUAACAAAGAGAACUCCCUUCAGGGGAUGCCUGAUAUUGAAUACAGUGGGCACAUGAGUCACAACUCACCUGAAGAAGCUGCUGCUGACGACCCUGCUGAACAGGAGGAAGAGUGGGAGGAUGAUGAAGAUGGUGACGACAUCCCCAGCAAGACGCCGGCAUUUGUCAGAGAGAAAAUGAAGAUUUUUCACUCUGAUCCUCAGGCUUCACCUUCUGUCUUUAGGAACACUCAAGCCAGUAGUACAAGUGAAGGUUUGCCUGCAACUAAACCUAAGCAGGUGAGAAAGAGGAGGUCCGGGCCAGCUAAAAACGAAGGCGGCCUUCCUAAGAGCUACCUGAUGGGCAUGUUCAAGCACUUUGCCAAAACGAAGGUCUCUGCAGAUGUGUACCCUGUCCUAAAAGAAACAAUGGAUAAAUUCUUCGAGCGGCUGGCGGACGACUUGGAGACGUAUGCUGUUCACGCAAAGAGAAAAACCAUAGAGGUUGAAGACGCUGAACUUCUGCUGAAAAGGCAGGGUUAUGUGAAUGACAAGGUGCCGGUGGAAGUGCUUAUUGAAAAAUAUCUUCGAAUGGACCAGCGCAAGCUCCUGAUCCCCAUAGCAACCAGUGGAAAUGUUGUAAUCCCUAAAAAGCGGAGAUGAAUGUUUAUUUUCAUAUACAGCUAUGUUUGUUUUGUCUGGUUUCAUCUCUUGGACCUCUGCACAUUUUAAUUACACUGCAUUUGAUUUGGACAAGCGAUACCUCUAUUUAAUCUUGUUAAUCAGAAAUAAAAAAGAUUUCUGUAAAGUGUAAAUAUUUGUUAACAUAUCUUUUACCAAGACUUGGUAAAAGACCAAGACAGUUUUUAACAAUUUUUUUUAAUUUUUUUAUGGGAUGUCUGUGUAGCUUUUUUUCUGUAUUACUAUACUGUGUUGAGUCGAGUGUGAUUACACAUCUGUACGAAAUGCAAGUGUUGUGCUAGUUGACAACAGAGCUCUGUCAUUAUUGCUUAAGAUUACACGAGUACAUGUGUCAAAUGUCUUCAUUUAUGAUUUUAUGCAUAUAUUUUAUGACAGUUUGAAACAAAGGAAGGUUUUCAGACUUCUAAAAAUCAACAAAUCUUAAAUUAAAGUUUUCUGUUUUA